AUGACAGCAGAAGCUCAGAAAAUAGUGGUGAUCCAGGAUGCAUCUAAAGACAUCGUUAGUUCGAGCACAAUUCAAUUAGUCCUGCAUGGCUUAUCACAUAAGCCUGGGGAUGAACUUACACUUCUUGCAGUUCUUCACCAGGUUAAUAACCCUAGUACGUUAUCUCUCAUGAAAGCUGGGAGACUGUUGGGAUACAGGAACAAAAUGGAUUCCAGUUCAUUUUUUGGAACAAACCAGAAAGUCAUUCAAGAAGAGAUUGAGAGGAAAACGGAGGAGUAUCGUAACAAAGUGGAAAUUACAAUGAUUUCUCAGAUAUGUAAAUGCGCAGAGAUUAAGUUCCACAUGGAAGUACUCGCUGGCCCGUCUCCAAAGAUGGUUGCUGCAGAUGCUGCCAAAGGAUUAGGAGCAACGUGGGUUAUUCUUGAUAGGCAAAUGAAGAAAGACAAGCAAUUCUUCAUGGAGAAUUUGACAUGUGGUAUAUCGAGGGUGAAGCGUAACAACUCUGUUGAACAACUGAGAGGCCCAAAACCAAUUGAGAACAGCAAGCCAGCAGCUGAAAGGCGCACCACCAGGAGACGUAUCAAAGAACAAGUAAAAUAUGAUGAAAUGAUACCCGGAGAUGAAGAACUCUCUCCUAAAAAAACUCCAAGUCUUCCAAAUAUCAGUAAUGGCAAAGAACAAGAUGCUGAUGUUCGCGGACACCCAUGGCCUAAUUAUGGGAAAUCUGCUUCCUCAUCAAAUGAGCAGCCAACAACUUCAAGCCUUGGGACUACUGAAGCCUUACCUUCUGUUCUUGCUGGUCAUUUUCAAGAGGUAGAAAUCACUACAAAUACUGGAAGAGGAAAGGCAGAAGUCCCUCCUCCAAUUGCAAGGGUUCAAGCGAGUGAUCAAAAGGAAACAGAUAACGCUGGGAGCCCAGAUGAAUCUAAACAGCACAGCUACAAGAAUGAUUGGAUAGGAGAAUGUCAAGCAGAUGAGGAAUUUAAAAAUUCAACCUGCACAGUUUGCAAUAAUCAACGACCAAAGAUCGGAUGGAAGAGAGACUUUACUUAUGCAGAACUCCAAGCUGCUACUGAUGGUUUUUCCACAAAGAACUUCCUAUCUGAAGGUGGAUUUGGUUCAGUCUACAAAGGAGAACUGAAUGGGGUGAAGAUUGCUGUAAAGCAACAUAAAAAUGCAAGCUUCCAAGGAGAGAAAGAAUUUAAGUCUGAAGUUCAUGUACUCAGCAAAGCAAGACAUGAAAAUUUGGUUAUGCUGUUAGGAUCAUGUUCAGAAGGAAGACAGAGGCUCCUUGUUUACGAAUAUGUUUGCAACGGUUCUUUGGAUCAACAUUUAUCAACACAUAACACCAGGCCUCUCAGUUGGGAUAAGAAGAUAAAAAUCGCUACUGGAGCUGCAAAAGGGUUAAAAUAUCUGCAUGAGAACAACAUCAUCCAUAGGGACGUGAGACCAAACAACGUCCUCGUGUCACAUGAUUAUGAAUCCCUGCUAGGAGAUUUUGGUCUUGCAAGAACUCAACAUGAAGACUCAGAUCGAUCAACAGACACAACAACAGUUGUCGGAACUUUGGGAUAUUUGGCACCAGAAUAUGCAGAAAGUGGGAAAGUGUCAACCAAGACAGAUGUUUAUGCUUUCGGGGUCAUUCUAUUACAGCUUAUCACAGGAAUGAGGCCUACAGACAAGAAGCUUGGAGGGAAAAGUCUUGUGGGAUGGGCAAGACCACUAUUGAAAGAAAGGAAUUACCCAGAUUUAAUCGACCCAAGGAAUGUAGAUGCGCAUGAUGUGCAUCAACUCUAUUGGAUGGUUCGGGUAGCAGAAAAAUGUCUCAGCAGGGAUCCUUACAAGAGAUUAACUAUGGAUAAGGUAGUUUAUGCUUUAGAUUACCUGAAUGAAGCCAACCAAAAUUGUAUCACUGGAGACUUCUCCCCAGCACAUUCUGAAUCUGCUGGAAGCAGACUGGGCUCUUCUGAAUCACACGGUGGACAAGGUGACAAUUACAUUAGUAUAGACAUUACUCCAGAAGGAGGCUACAUGGCCGGAAAGCUCUUGCCAAUAUCGCCUUCCCCUCCAUCAACAUGUUCAGAAACGUCAUGCGUUUCCCCAGUGUCAGAGCAAUCCACCUUGGGUAGCACUGCAAGUUUUGAAGACAAGAGAUAA